CCACUGAAACCGGCCGCCGCGCAGUCGCCUUCGUCUCGUACGUGCGUGCAACCAACAUCCCGGCGGCGAGCUCGUACGUACCAAAUCGAUCGAUGGAGUGUGCGCCGGCCGCUGUACAUCUCCGGCGACGACGGCGACUAUAGCUCGAUCGAACUGAUAUCGUCCUGUCGGCUUUGCUCAUGGUGCCGAUCGGCCUCGCGAUGAAAGUAUAGUCGUUGGCACAAAUGAUCGUCGUCGGGAAUGGAGGUGUUCCAGGACGCGCACUUCGUGCGGCUGCGGUGCUCCGUCGUCCGCUGCAGCAAGUACCUCGCCGCCGAGGACGACGGCCGCGGCGUCUGCCUGUCCGGCCAGCGCGGCGCCCACAACACGGUGUGGGCCGUCGAGCACAUCACGGGGGACGUCCCCGGCGCCGCCCCGGGCCCCUACGUCCGCCUCCGCGGCGCCUACGGCCGCUACCUCGUCGCCACCGACCUCCAGGCGAAGGCGGGCCCCGCGCACGGCGUCACCGCCGAGCAGCGCGACGCCGCCCACCACCCGACGCCGCCGCCCUGGGCGUGGCAGGCGUUCCGCCGCAGGAGCUCCUCCCUCCUCCGCAACGGCACGGGGCGCUACCUCCGCGCCAACGGGAGGUACCUCCGGUGGCGCACCGCCGUCACCGUCGCCGGCGACAACGCCAGCCCGAUGAUGCUGUGGGCGGUGGAGGUCGUCCCGCCAAAGCCUGGCCGCGUCACCCUCGUCGAUCGCCCGGCGCAGCUGAUACGGCGGCGGCGAGGACCGGCGACGGAGGGGGAGACGAGCCGGGUGAUCCGGUUCGUGAGGGGGGACGAGGGAGGGGAGUUCGAGGAGAGCGAGUGGAGGGCGUUGCGGGUGAACACCAACAGCCUGAUGCACCUGCGCCUCACGCUGGCCAACCUGCUGGGCCACAACCGGGACGCGCUCCACACCACCGUCUGCGUCCGCGCCGGCGCCUACGCCCAGCUCUCCCCUCUCCUCGUCGACCUCCCCAUCGGCAACGACCGCAUCGACGUCGUCGUCCUCUCGCAUGGCACACCAGCGGAAGAUGCGUUGAAGUACCCCUGUGUGGAUGCUUGAUCGAGCAGAAGAAGAAUAGCAAUAAGGUGUCCUGACACCUGACAUAUAUAUAUGCAUCGACAAAUUAAAGCCAGUGCUUAAUUAAUCGGGCAUCCGCAUCCUACAGAAGUGCAUAAGAUCAAAAGAUGACGGACAUUAGGAUUUAAUCUGCUCUUUUUGUGUCACUUGGAUAUAUAAGUACUUGGAUUAGUUGCUUCAGUAGUUCAGUUCAGUGUAAUCCUCGGUCAUGGUGAAUAUUGUACUUAGAGAUUGAUGCACAUACGCAUUAUUAAUGGCAAAUUUAUUGCAAAACUACUUAUAUGUUUAUUGUCAA